CGCGGAGGUACUUAGUGAUCCAGGGAUCGGCGGUGUGGCUACUGUGAAUCCGCCGCGGAGAAUCGAGCGCCUCGUUUGCGACAUCGAGCAGGCUUCUCCGAGCUCGAAGAAUGCGUGCUCGGCCUCAAAUCCGAGCUCUCCGAGGAGCAGCGGCUGCAAAUCUGGAAGCUGAGCUACCGGAUCUGGAACACCUGCGUGCAUAUUGCCAACAGCAAACAGCAGCCGCCAGGCCGCGCAGCGGUGGAUUCCUUGGCGGAAUACCACGCUCGGCUUCGUCAGAUCGCGAGCGAGAUGCUCUUCUUGGCAUCUACCCGGUGGAGCACUCUCAAGAUGGCCAGGUUGAACUGGAGUACUGCCAACAUGACACUGAUCAUGAAAGAUGGACUCUUUGCAGAUUGUUACCCUUCGCAGGUUUGCACAAUGUUGUUCCAAAGCUUCGUUAAUUUGAGGUUUGGUUAUUGCA